GCACAUAAUUCAAAUCGAGGAUGAGUAAAAUAGAAAAUUAACGUUGGUUGCGAUAUACAAAAGAAGAAGAUAAUAUUUCCACAGCUCCACGAGCUCUUUUCGAAAGCAUCAUAUUUAAAAUGUAUCAAGGGAUGACACAGAGACCUCUGGCUCUGAGCAAGACAGUGAGCCAGAGCUGCCAGGAGAUGUCAUCGAGCCCCUCCCAUCAAGCACCAGAUAUGCUGUUCUAAAAGGACCCAAUGACAUUUCAAGAUCCAGAGAAGAGGGUCCUGUACAGCCGUGUUUGAAAUAAUUUCCCAGAACUCGGCAUGGUACUAGGAAAAGAGCUUUCAACAGCUCCUGGUAUAAAGGACAAUUCAUGGCUUGAAUAUUCUAUUGCCUUCAUUGGGAGUGGGCAGGAAGUCGACAGUCUGUCACAGAAGUGGGGGUUUGAGGCCUUGGCUGUUACACAGCUUGGACAGUAUGAGUUCUUCAUGCCAGGGAUGGUGGACACCCACAUCCACGCGUCUCAGUACAGCUAUGCAGGCACAGCCCUGGACCUGCCCCUGCUACAGUGGCUCAACACGUACACCUUCCCAGUGGAGGCCUGCUACAAAGACUUGGAGUUCGCCCGCAACGUCUACACCCAUGUCGUGAAAAGAACCCUGAGAAACGGUACCACUACGGCUUGUUACUUUGCCACCAUACACACCGACGCUUCUCUCCUGCUGGGCCAAAUCGCAAAUGAUUUUGGACAGCGUGCCCUUGUGGGCAAGGUGUGUAUGGAUAUAAACAACUUUGUCCCACAUUACAGAGAGACGCUAGACAAGUCCCAUGACGAAACCAACAGGUUCAUUAGUGAGAUGUUGAAGAAGAAGUACCCUCUUGUAAUGCCAGUGGUGACCCCGCGCUUCGCCCUGUCUUGCUCUGCUGCCCUGCUGGGUCACCUGGGAGAGAUCGCCAAGAAUAACCACCUGCACAUCCAGAGUCACAUCAGUGAGACGAAGGAGGAGGUGAAGCUGGUGAAGGAACUGUUCCCAGACUAUGACUCCUACACAGACGUCUACCACAAACACAACCUUCUCACUGACAAGACUGUGAUGGCUCACGGUUGUCACCUAACCGAUGAAGAGCUGAAGCUGUUCAGAGAGAAAGGGGCGUCCGUCGCUCACUGUCCCAAUUCCAACAUCUCGUUGUGCAGUGGUAUGCUAGAUGCCCGCAGGGUUCUGAACCACAAAGUAAAGCUGGGGCUGGGCACAGAUGUGGCAGGAGGCUACUCUCCCUCUAUGCUGGAUGCGGUGCGGAGAACGAUGGAUACCUCUAAAGCCUUGACCAUCCAGGACCCCCAGUACCAAACGCUCACCUUCGAGGAGGUCUUCAGACUGGCCACACUGGGAGGCAGCCAAGCCCUGUCCCUGGAUGAGCAUACAGGAAACUUUCAGGUAGGGAAAGACUUUGAUGCUCUGCGGGUGAACACGGCCAUAGCAGGAGGACCCAUUGAUCUCAUCAACCACGGAGAGGGGCCUAAGGUGCUCCUGGAGAAGUUCUUGAAUUUGGGGGAUGAUCGGAACAUUGCGGAGGUGUACGUGGCAGGGAAGAGAGUGGUCCCAUUCGUGGUAACAACAUAGAUUUGGGUUUGGUUGCUGGAUUGUUGUCAAUCUUGUUACCAUCUGUCUGAACCCUCUACCAGUUUACCUGACUGCUGUUGUAACAGGACAGGAGGUGAUGAGGAAAAUGUAUUCAACGAGAGGGAUUAUUACUCUAUAUACAUUGUGUGUGUGUUUUCAAUCAUCUAGUGUAAUUACAUACAGUUAAAUUCAAUGGAUGAUAUUGCUGCUCAUCGUGAAGUUCAGAGUGAAUCCUAUGUUGUCAUACUUGUGUCGUAACCCAAAGAACAUCAUUGUCUGUUGUUUUUGUUAUUUCAAAGUCGAGGGAAAUGUGUGUGUUUAUGAAUGUAGGUUUAUUCAAUUCAAGUAACUUUUAUUUCCUGAGAGGGAACUUCAUCUAUGGUGACGGCUUGAUAUUAACAAGAUAUAUAACAACACAGCAACAUAAAACACGUGCAGUAUAAUAGAUUAGAUGCAAUCAUAGGCUAUAUACAAACACAAAUAAAAAUGUCAAGGGUUGAAGAGUUUGAUGGAUGAUGGCACAAAACUAGAAGCUGCUCUCUUAGACUUUGUCUGCCAGAGAUCUAUGUAUCUCUGCGCCAGGAGGGAAAGGGAGUUGUACUGGUCCAAGACUUAUCUCCGUGUGUAAGGUCCAAAGCUAUUUGUUCCCCCUAUUGUAUCUGUAGCUUUGCAUUUGUCCGGAUUUUACAGCAUCCUUGACUUCGUCUCGGGCCUAACAACACAAGUGCCAAUAUAUCCUCCAAACACCAGUUUCUCUGGCAUUAGCACUUAACGGUCAUUAUUAUGCAACUGCUGUUCCAUGCUACAGUGCUGAGUUUAGCAGAAAAGGCUACAGAGUAUCUGCAUGAUUUUAAGUGAAAAUGUGUCUCUUUUUGUUUGUAAAUUUUUUCGAGUUUUCACACCUGGAGGCAAAGAUUUUAACACAUUAUUGAUAGUGGUUCCAGGAUAAAGUGUAGGGUUAUAUGAAAAUAUAGAGGCUGAACACUGCAAACAGCAUAGCUUUAAAAUGAUUUUGUUAAAGCAAACAUUCCUCCAAGCCAGAUAUUUUCCCCGUCUCACUAUAACGCACAGAUCUACUGCACUUUAGACCCAUCUGUGUGUGACAGGUGACAAGCUAGAAGUGACCAUGUCCAUUUGACAGCCUACCAUAGCACAAUGUGGGUCCACUAUAAAGACUUACAGAGAUUCGAGUUUCUGGUCCACAGCAAACACAUCCCAUUAUUUAUCAUAAUUGUCAAGCUGUGUUUAAUUUGAGCUGGAUACUGCUGGAACAGGAGUGUUACCUUCCUUCUUCAAGAGGUCACCAAUGAACCUAGAGCAACACACAAAACCGUUUUGGGACUGUUUCGUUCUGGAACCUAUUUGGCUGGAUGGCAAUGAUUAAAAUACAAAAUGUCAAAGUAGCCUGUCAUUACGAUCAUUUAUGCGGUAUUAAAACAGAUUCUGCCAAAGUCUCCAGUUGUGUAAAAUGACUGAGGUAAAGUUUCAAGUUGGAUAUUCGACAGAUAUUUGCGCUUUCAAACCUCAAUAGCUUUCAAACCACUUGAGCCACAGAUUCCAAAUAAGUGUCAUGAUGUUGGAAAAAUUGCACACAUUGCGCAGGUCUUAUUUUCACGAUUUGGACAUUUUAAUUCGUUUUCCAAAGCUUUAAAAAAAAUGUGGAAAUGUGAGCAGGAUUUUGUAUUCCUAGUUGAAUUAGUUAGGGAGUGUAAACAGUUUACAUUUUAAUUUCAAAAGCUCCUUGGUCAUGUGACCUACUUGACUCAAACAAGGUUCAGAUUGUCCACUGACUACCCUUCUAUAUUGCACACCCUUUGGUUGGUUAAUUUAUCUCACACGUGGACAUUCUGAAGUUCGUUUGAGUCCAGUAGGUCACAUGACCAAGGAGCUAUUGAAGUUUUAAAUUCUGAAAAAUUAAUGUAAAAUCGAGUGAGAUGAAAAUGGACAAACUAAAGGGUGUGUAGGCCCACUGAGUGUACACUCUGAACCUUGUUUGAAGUCAGUAGGUCACAUGAUCAAGGAGCUAUUGAAAUGUUAAAAUUCACGAUGAGCAGCAUUGUACACCCUUUAGUUUGUCCAUUUUCAUCUCACUUGAUUUUACAUGAAUUUUUCAGAAUUUAUAUAGAAUAUCUAUUUAACAGCGGUACACAUUAAGAGAGAGACAGAUAAUAUCUCCUUUCAUCGUUAAUAUCAACCAUAAAGGAAAAUGGCAAAGUACGAGAGUCAUUGUCCAAAGCAGGAAUGGAGAGUGAGCUAUUGAGGUAGGCUGCAGUGGGUUUGCUGGGCAAUACAUAUAUAUACUGAACAUGUAACCACAGUAAUGGUGGCCAGAAAAUCAAUGAAUAAAAAUGUUAUAUUGACAAAUUAAACAAAAUGUAGAUCUUUAAUCUUCUCCAACAUGUCAAGAGACACUACUUCACACCAUAAGUACAAAACAUUUCAGUGUUAACUCUAUCCCUGGUUGAUUGUACAUGUCAGAGCCUCUUCAGUGUGUAUGGGGUAUAGCAUACAUUUUCAACAACAAAGACUGCACUUCCAGUUUGUGUUCUUUACUCUGUUGAACUCUUGUCUUCAUUCCUAGUUACAGCACGUGGAACCACCGUUGGCAUGCAAAACAUUCAAUCUAAAACAAAACAAAGCGUAACACGUUAUAAAUAAUAUCAACGCAGUACGACGAAUUAGCCAUCCAUUGUGUUAUAUCAUAAAUUGUCUUACAUGCCAUCACUGUUGUCAGAAACAUGUUAAAUAACGUUACUAACCCAGUCAGUCUGAGCCACAUCCACGUUUUUUUUAAUGAAUUUUUUAUUUAACCUUUAUUUAACCAGGCAGGCCAGUUGAGAACAAGUUCUCACUUAAAACUGAUCUGGCCAAGAUAAAGCAAAGCAGUGUGACAAAAACAACAAUGCAGUUAGACAUGGGAUAAACAAAUGUACAUUCAAUAACACAAUAGAAAAAGUCUAUAUACAGUGAAGGUUCUUUAUCAGUGGCACACAUGAAGCAGUUGUUGGCUUUGUUGAACUCUGAAAUCAUAGACAUGAACUGAACAUAUGGCUGUCCCACACAACUACAUAAAAAUAAAUAAUGUACUUUAAAUUAAAUGUCA